AUGGACGGCUUCGGUGUAUUCCGUGCGUACCGGUCCGUGCCCCAGGUCAAUCCUUGUCAAGCAACGACUUUGGAUGAAGUGUCCGACAUACCCGCGGAGGUUCCAUCGCAAGGAGAACUGCCGAAGUCCGUUCGCUGGCUUGACCGCUCCAAGGAGGACGCCGAGGAACGUCCGUGGGGCCCCUGCGACAACGAGACAUCAUUCUCUCUUGCGGAAUGGUUCAACAAUGCCUCAAACGGCAAGUCUUUGGAAGACUUCGACGCUCUCCUCAAGGUCAUCAAGUCGGAGACGUUCAAGCCCGAGGAUGUCAAGCCGCUCACCGCGCGCGGUCUGAUGAAGAAAUUGGACGACUACACGCCUGCGUCGGGGAUCUUCUCGGCGCGCGACGGUUGGCGUGCCGCUUCGGUCGACAUCCCACUCCCCAAACCCGGCACAAAGUAUGCGUCCGAAGCUGACGCCCCACGCUUCAAGGUUCAGGGUCUCCAUUUCCGUAAGCUACUCGAAGUGCUCGUCGGUGAGGUCCAGGAUCGCCGCUUUGCAACGGAGCUCAAGCGGCGCCCACGCAAUCCCGACGAUCCGCCGGACCUGGAGUACGGAAUCCUGCCCAUAUGCAUCUGGUCAGAUGCGACGUGCCUCGCCACCUUCGGUUCGGCAUCUCUAUGGCCGAUAUAUCUUUACGUUGCCAACAUCAACAAGUACAUCCGCGGCAAGCCGACCGAGUUUGUUGCGCAGCACUUGGCAUACUUGCCAUCGCUCCCCGACGCCCUACAGGACUUCUACCGGAUGCAUUACGGGCAGGCACCGUCGGCCGAAACCUUGCGCUGGUGCAAGUGCGAGCUAAUGCAGCAGAUCUGGUUGCAGCUUCUCGACACCGACUUCAUGGAAGCCUACGAGCAUGGCAUUGUGCUGGAGUGUGGCGACGGAGUCCUCCGUCGCCUAUUUCCGCGCCUGCUCACCUAUUCCGCGGAUUACCCUGAGAAAGUGCUACUUACCGCCAUCAAGAACCUUGGCAAAUGCCCGUGUCCACGCUGUCUUGUGACCAAAGACCAGAUAGCUCAAGCUGGGACAAAACCGGACCUCCGCCGUCGUCGCACACUCAAGCGCGUUGACGAUGCACCCUUGCGGACUUCCGUGCAGAAAACACGCGAGUGGCUGUUUACGAAGGGGUACAAAGUCACAAGCCAACGACUCAAACGCGUGCUCGAUAGCAAGUCGCUCACCCCGAUGCAGAUGUUCGCGCCCGACCUGAUGCAUGAGUUCGACCUCGGCGUCUGGAAAGGCAUUUUCACUCAUCUCAUGCGACUCCUCGAAGCACAAGGGCCGAAUGCGGUGCAGGAAUUCGACCGACGGCAAAUACGACGCUUUUGGCACAACGUCUCCCGUCAGAAUAAGCUCGCCGCCCGAGAUUACGAAGAUUUCCUGAUGACGGCGAUGCCGGCCUUUGAAGGGUUGCUGCCACUCCGGGACGAUCAAACAAUCGCCGACUUGCUAUUCGAGCUAGUCAACUGGUACUCUCUAGCAAAGCUCCGCCUGCAUACGCAAGUCACGGUCGACAUAUUCCGCGCGGCCACCAAGCACAUGUACGCGGCGGUGCGGCACUUUGCGUGCACGACCUGUGAGGGUCACAUCACACAUGAGCUUGCAAAGGAGGCGGAAGCGCGUGCUCGUCGACAGGGUGCACGGCCUGGGAAAAAGGCUGGCAGUACCCAACCUCGCAUCGUCAAGUUCGGUACCUGGAAAACCUACAAGUAUCAUGUUCUGGGAGACUGCGCUGACUACAUAGAGUCUGCUGGGCCCCUCGAGACCACAUCGACGAAAAUGGGAGAACUCGAACACCGCCACGCAAAGCGGGUGUAUGCACGCACAAACAAGCACGGUUUUGCCGUCCAAAUCGCAAAGCACCAGCGCCGCCAAGCCGUGCUACGACGCAUACGCGAGCGAGUCACAGCCGCCGCGAGCACCGUAGACGCAGCGACAACCAACUCGACAUCUUCCACACGCGCACGGCAAAGCCUUUCCAAGAGACGCCGUGCUGCAUGCCGUCCGAAAGAAGACCUUGCAGUCUGUGGGGAAACCGACUUCAAGGGGGCAAGUGACCCAGCCGCCCGCUACGAGAUUGGCGAGGCCGACAGCGCUCGGAUCAAUAUCUACAACUGGGAUUACAUACCCCGCCUACACGCACACCUUUUACGGCGCAUUUUCGAAGACCCCGCCCUUCCCUUCGCCCUCAAGCUGCUGGCGAACCUCACCAUCGACGGCGACGUUGUCUAUCAACACCGCGUCAUUCGGUUCAACUACACGACCUACGACAUGCGGCGCGACCAGGAUUCUGUCAAUCCACGUACGCACGCUGAUGUCAUGCUUCUCGCGCGCGAUCGCGCAGAUGGGGCCCACCCGUAUUGGUACGCGCGGGUCGUCGGGAUACUGCACAUGUAUGUGCGCUACACGGGGCCCGGGGUUCAUUCGCGGUGGAAGACAUGGCAGCGCAUCGAGAUGCUCUGGGUGCGCUGGUACGAGUUCGACACCAGCUACGCUUCCGGAUUCCAAGAACGUCGGAUCCCGCGCCUGCGCUUCGUGGAUGCGCACGACAAGGACGCGGUAGCCUUCGACUUUAUCGACCCCGCCGACGUCCUCCGGGGUGCCUAUAUCAUCCCCUCUUUCGACGGCGGCCUCACAACUGAGUGCCUUGACUAUGCUGACUCGGUCGGGCGUCACGAAACCCAUCCGGACGAAGAUUACCGGUACUACUUUGUCGGAAUGCAUGUUGAUCGCGACAUGUACAUGCGCUACUUGGGUGGCGGAAUCGGCCACCGCGGCAUCGGCGUAACAGUCGAGGAAUCCCUCGGCGCGUCUGCGCGCGUCAAGCAAAAGCGCGCACCCCGCCGCGACGCAGCGUCCGCAGCGGGCAGCGACUCGGACGCCGACGGCGCUCAGGCCGACCUCCCCUUGGGUUCCUCCUCUGACAGUGGCGAAGACGACCUGCCCUGGAGGGCAAAAGACGGCGCGCGCGCGGAAGGAGACGACGACGACGCGGCCGAGGCGGACCCGGCGAGUGCGCAGUCAUCGGAUGCCGAAGACGCGAUGGACGCGAUGGACGCGCGGUCUGGGGGCGCGAAUUCGGCGGCCGGUAGCGACGCGGAGGGCGGGGACGGGUCAGGGGAAGACGAGGAAGAGGAAGCUGCAGGGGAAGACGACGAUGAUCAGUGGAUGUUUGAUGCCGGUGCGGGUUCGGAUGGGUAUGACUCCGCUGGGCCCGGUGGAAGUGACGAAGACGGCGAGUACGGGGACGAGGAUGAGGACUCCGGUUCUGACCUAGAGUACGAGUACGGGAGGUCAUAA